CUCCUCCAAACCCAGGUCUGCAACCUCGACCAACCUAGCAGCCGUGUGUUGAAGACCUUUCGCUCCUUCUUUACAAAGCCCAACCCUAUCAUUACCGGAAAAGCCAAAUACAUGCUAGACGAUUCAAAGGACCUAGUAGCUCUUCACCCUCGCAGUAGCACACAGCAGCUCCCCGAGUUGCAUUUAAGAUUGGUGGUCGCCAUCAUCAGUACUUUAGUCGCUGUCGUCCUUUUGAUCGGUGCGAUCACUAGCCUGUGCUUCGUAAACAGAUCCGGGGCGAAAUUGGGUAUGAGAGCCGGCUUCACCACUCUGUUUGCAGCCAGCGUUGGGUUACUGACGAGUGCAAAACGCCAGGAGAUAUCUGCCGCGAGCGCCGCCUACGCUGCUAUAUUGGUAGUUUUCGUGAGCGGGAAUUUGGAAGAUGGAUAA